GGGCGCUGUCCUGAGUCCAGUCAGUUUGCUCCAUCGUGUCCAUCACGGGAGUCGCGCAGCUCACAUAACCUCUCGCGACGGUUCGCUGUUGCUCGAGAGCGUUAUGAAGGAUACAGGGUCGUGGUUCCUCCGAUGAUCUACCGCUAGUGCCGCGCGUCGUCGACGCGGCCCGGGACACCUCGACGAUAGCGAGGAUAGCCGUAAGCGGUGGCAGCCUGCGAUAGCUGGCGUACUCCGGUUAUGCCCAGCUCCGAAAAAACAGGGCUUCUGAAACCUAACCUCUCAGUUUUGGACACGGUGACACCGGCGACCGGAACCCUUUCUCCUGGUGAUCUGGUUACUUCGAGCAAGCUUCGCGCUACGUCUCGCUCCUGGAACCUUGCUGAACACCGUACCGUUUUUGGAUGCGCGAUGCUAAUAUUGGUCUGUCGUCCCGACGCACUCAACUAUCGAACCUCUACCCGUUUGGAGGCUAAGGGAGCAUUGGUGACCAGGAAAAAGUAGGCUUGGUAACUUUGAAGGUGCCGAACAGUGUUGGCGUAAGCCAACGUUGGCGAACGAGGCGAAAUGGCGACGAUAGAUGGGCGGCCGGCCCAAUAUGGGAUUUCCCUCAAGCAGCUCCGCGAGCUCAUGGAGCACCGGGGUCGCGAGGGUGUCAACAAAAUUAACGGCUAUGGUGGUGUGCAGGAGAUAUGUAAAAAGUUGUACACUUCACCUAGUGAAGGCCUCAGUGGAUCGGCGGCGGAUAUCCAACACAGGCGAGACACAUUUGGUUCCAACAUGAUACCUCCAAAACCACCAAAAACGUUUUUACAAUUAGUAUGGGAAGCACUGCAGGAUGUAACAUUAAUAAUUUUGGAAAUUGCUGCAUUGGUUUCGUUAGGGCUAAGCUUCUACCAACCAGCGGACGAGGAGAAACCUUUAGUCGAUGAGGAUGAAGCUAAAUACGGUUGGAUCGAGGGUCUUUCAAUUUUGCUUUCUGUAAUUCUGGUGGUAAUAGUGACGGCUUCCAACGACUACUCUAAAGAAAGACAAUUCCGGGGUCUCCAGAGUAGGAUAGAAGGGGAACAUAAAUUCUCCGUCAUUCGGCAAGGAGAAGUAAAACAAAUUUCUGUAUCUGACAUCGUUGUUGGCGACAUAUGUCAGAUCAAAUAUGGAGAUCUGUUGCCCGCGGAUGGAAUCCUCAUACAAAGCAACGAUCUAAAAGUAGACGAAUCCAGUUUAACUGGAGAGUCAGAUCAUGUCAAAAAGGGAGAAUCUUUUGAUCCAAUGGUACUUUCAGGCACUCACGUGAUGGAAGGGUCAGGGAAAAUGUUGGUGACUGCUGUUGGCGUGAACUCGCAAGCUGGUAUUAUUUUCACUUUAUUGGGUGCUGCUGUUGAUCAGCAGGAACAGGAAAUCAAGAAGAUGAAGAAAGAGGCUAAAAAGCAGCGGAAGAAGAGGUCUAUACCAGGAGAUGAAGCUGCCGAGAUCACUGGAAACAGUCAUGCAGCCGGUGGUGGUAAGCACGAGGGCGGCGAGAACCAUCAUGCACCUUCCGGAGGGGGUGGCGGUGAGGGCAAGAAGGACAAAAGCGUCCUCCAGGCGAAGCUGACUAAACUCGCCAUCCAGAUCGGCUACGCCGGAUCGACCAUCGCAGUGCUGACCGUCGUCAUUCUAGUCAUUCAAUUCUGCGUGACGACGUUCGUCAUUCAGGGGAAACCGUGGAAGAACACGUAUGCUGGUGACCUGGUGCGGCAUUUAAUUAUCGGUGUGACGGUGCUCGUCGUAGCUGUUCCCGAAGGUCUUCCUCUAGCCGUUACUCUGUCCCUCGCCUAUUCCGUUAAGAAAAUGAUGAAGGACAACAACCUGGUGCGUCACUUGGAUGCUUGCGAGACCAUGGGUAACGCUACUGCCAUUUGCUCGGACAAGACAGGAACGUUGACGACCAAUAGAAUGACCGUCGUACGGUCGUACAUAUGCGAGCAGAUGAGCGACAGUGCGAACUUCUCGGAUAUCCCCAGUCACGUCGGAAGCUUGAUAAUCCAAGCAGUCUCGAUUAAUUCGGCGUACACGUCCAGAAUCAUGCCCUCGCAAGACCCUACCGAGCUGCCUAUGCAGGUCGGCAACAAAACCGAAUGUGCCUUACUUGGAUUUGUAUUGUCCCUGGGCAAGAGUUAUCAAACCGUGCGAGACGACCACCCCGAGGAAACGUUCACGCGAGUAUACACGUUCAACAGCGUCAGGAAGAGCAUGUCCACCGUCAUACCGAGGCAAGGUGGUGGCUACAGGCUCUUUACAAAAGGCGCUUCCGAAAUCAUCAUGAAGAAAUGUGCCUUUAUAUACGGUCGCGACGGACAUCUGGAGAAGUUUACCAGGGAGAUGCAGGAGCGGCUGGUAAAGAAAGUGAUAGAACCAAUGGCGUGCGACGGCCUCCGUACCAUCUCCGUUGCUUACCGGGACUUCGUACCCGGCAAGGCCGAAAUCAAUCAGGUCCACUGUGAGGGCGAGCCUAAUUGGGAAGACGAAGAGAACAUCGUGGCCAAUCUUACCUGCCUUUGCAUCGUCGGUAUCGAGGAUCCGGUGCGGCCCGAGGUACCGGAAGCGAUCAAAAAGUGUCAGAAGGCUGGUAUCACUGUCAGGAUGGUCACUGGCGAUAACAUCAACACAGCGAGGUCCAUUGCCAUUAAAUGCGGUAUCGUCAAACCGAACGAGGAUUUCCUCAUCUUAGAGGGGAAGGAGUUCAAUCGGCGGAUCAGAGACAGCAAUGGAGAGGUUCAGCAGCAUUUACUGGAUAAGGUUUGGCCAAAACUCAGGGUACUGGCUAGAUCCUCGCCUACGGACAAAUAUACCCUUGUUAAGGGCAUCAUAGAUAGCAAAAUAUCGGCAAGUCGUGAGGUCGUAGCUGUCACUGGCGACGGCACGAACGACGGUCCCGCCCUGAAAAAGGCCGAUGUCGGCUUCGCUAUGGGCAUCGCUGGAACCGACGUCGCCAAAGAAGCCUCCGACAUCAUCCUAACGGAUGAUAACUUCUCUUCCAUCGUCAAGGCGGUUAUGUGGGGCAGGAACGUCUACGACAGCAUAGCCAAGUUCUUGCAGUUCCAACUGACAGUUAACGUCGUCGCGGUCAUAGUCGCCUUUAUCGGCGCGUGUGCCGUACAAGACUCACCCCUGAGGGCGGUACAGAUGUUGUGGGUCAACCUGAUCAUGGACACGCUGGCGUCGCUUGCCCUGGCCACGGAAUUACCCACGCCUGACCUUCUGCUUCGUAAGCCUUACGGCCGCACGAAACCUCUCAUUUCCAGGACGAUGAUGAAGAACAUUCUCGGCCAGGCCGUUUACCAGCUAACUGUCAUCUUUGUGCUCCUCUUUGCCGGGGAUAAGAUGCUCGACAUCGAUACCGGGAGAGGCGUGGCAGAGGCCGGUGGCGGCCCGACGCAACACUUUACCGUCAUCUUCAACACGUUCGUCAUGAUGACCCUCUUCAACGAAUUCAACGCCAGGAAAAUUCAUGGUCAGCGCAACGUCUUCCAGGGACUCUUCACCAACCCCAUCUUCUACACUAUUUGGAUCUUCACCUGUUUGUCGCAAGUGCUGAUCAUCAACUACGGUAAGAUGGCGUUCAGCGCAAAAGCUCUUACCCUAGAACAGUGGAUGUGGUGCCUGUUUUUCGGAUUCGGCACGCUACUCUGGGGCCAACUAGUCACGACUAUUCCUACGCGCAAGAUUCCCAAGAUACUUUCAUGGGGCCGCGGCCAGCCGGAUGAUAUCGGUGCGAUCAAUCUAGGAGACGAGAAAUUCGACCCCGACUCGGAUAAAAAGCCGCGCGCAGGACAAAUUCUAUGGAUCCGCGGUCUGACGCGGCUACAGACUCAGCUUCGAGUAAUCAGAGCGUUCAAGUCGACUCUGGAAGAUCUGGAGGAGCGUCGCUCCAUCCAUAGUUUACACAGCUUACACAGUAUGCGCAGCUCACGCAGCCACACCGGGCCCCGACCACUAUCUGACUUCACGUACAUUGACGAAGACCCGACUAGUAACUCGGUUAGAGCGGCGAACAGGUCGCAGCCCGGGAACGCUUGCGCCGAGCCCGCCCAGGAACACGAGGCCAGCUCCAGAGGGUCCAGACCGGCCAAUCCCCAGAACAGCCCGGCCUCGCCGCUUCUGCUCAACGUGCCCGGAUCCGCCGUCGCGAACAACCACCACCACCACCAUCACCACCAUUACCACAAUAAUCCCACGAGUCCGAACCACGUCGGCGACUCGGGCACCCCCUCGCAGCCCUCGGGACCCAACAACCUGCUCCUCCCGGAACUGCCGAAGCUGGUCCACGAGACCAGCAUCUGAGGACGGGGGUCAGCCCCCUCGUUUCCCCGUGACCCCUGUCCCGGGGCCACCGACCCGCGACCCUCCCGGUCGAGCUCGAUCGCCCCCGACGAUUCGCCCUCUCCGACGCUCGUCCACGUGCCCGGCCCCAGCGCCGCGACGCCUCUACCCGACGAGUACUUAAUACAAUCGGUGCCUGCGGAACGGGUGCGCGGGAAAAGUGGAGCAAACUAGUGUCCCCGUUUUUUCGUCGGAAGGGACCACGUGGUCCCUCGACGCGGCGGGUCUUGGGUGCGCGGAAGAGGUCCUGGUGGAAACGCGGCAAGCUUCGACCGGGAUGCGGUUACGUGGAGCGGUAGGUGUGGUCGAUCGACCGCGUUCUACUUCUCCAUGACCAUGAAACUGCCUUAUGAACGAACGCUACUCCGACUUCCACCUCGCUCUUUCACGAGCCUAUUGGCCGAUAAUUUCGUUGACGCAACGAGAGAACUCCCGAGAUCCUCGAGAGCGUCCGAUGGUCUCCUGUCGGAUGCAGUCGCGCGUCCGCUCACCCGAUCCGUUUCUACCGUGCUUAAUCCCGGAGUCGCGUCCACCUGUCGAUGGAUCCUGCGACCUGGGCGAGCGGAGAGGGCGCGGAAAGCAGGGAUCGUCGUCCCCUCGACCCGGGCCAGGAGAUAAGUGCCCAAGGGUGCGGAGAGUCCUUGGUACGCUGAGAAAAACGUCCGGUCGAGUCAACGGAAACUGGCGAGCUCUACCAGACGUCGUCUUGGGCGACGCAACGUUUUGCAUUUAUUCGAGUGCCGGGCAUUCUACCGACUGCACAAAAUGAUGUCGGAUUCUACUUGCAUUGGCCGAAGUUCGCUGGCAGUGGAGUAAAAUUUGUGAAAACUGUGGAGCUUGGACAAUUUGUUCGCGAUAGGACUUAACGGAAUGGUUUCUCAGGGUACGAUUGGAGAAUGGACGAAAGACCCGAGGAGAGAUCUCCUUCGCGCUCGGAAUUUCUCUCGGCAGGCCUUUUGUCCACCCUCGAGCACCGAAACUCCUCGGACCUUUGAUAACUGAUCCUUCGCCUUCGCGGAGAACCCAGUGAGAACGGCCGCGCCCACGAUACGCACAUACACACGAACACAGGACGCACUCGACGCACUCGCAUGUACGCGGACGUGCACGCGCGCUUACACCGGACCUGCUUCUCCCGCUUUGACCCGAAUGCCUUCCCAGGAACUAGCGGAGCCCAUUUUUACCACGCAACGUAGGAAUCUUAAAGGCUGCGUCGAGGACGGACCCUGCCCCUGGGUCUACCGGACACGAGUCCCGUCCACGAGUGGAGAAGUUCCCGGGCCAAGAGAAGACGCACACCUUGCUUGCUUGCGCCGUUUGCUCUUAUCGUCCCUUGAUCGCCCUCUGACCUCCUGUAUGGAUUCCCGUCUGCUCCUUUCUCUGUCUGUCUGGGACUGGAUGUGAAUGCGUGUCCGUUUCGCGUCGAUGCGACUCUUGCUAAGGACAACGCGUCGGAGGAGGUAGCUUCGGUGUUCCGAAGACGUGCACUCCGAUUCGAGGCAGACCUCUCGAGUAGCAACGAAUCCCCGAUUUGACGAUCGUUGGACAAGAAAAGCUCAGCCUGCGCUCAAGGAAUCGUGAGAUCGUGCCCGAUGGACUCGCGGGCCAAUUACUUCGCGAAAACUGCAAGACAGCAUCCACGGCUGCGAGCAAUUCGCCUUAAACGAGCCCAAAAUCGUCGUUUGUAAAUGAAGUCCGGUUGGUUCGUUGCUACCGGAGGUACGUUCCUCCGCGUCCGAGUCGACAUUUUCUAAGACCGAUCCGAUGCCUUCUUCGACGCGCGAUUCCCCCCCCCCCCCGCCCCUCCAGGGGGUGGGCGUCCGCCCCACACACUUGACCACUCGUGCUCUCCGGGCCCCGCGAGGGUCGCCACUGCACGGUUCCGGUCGGGCCCAUCGUCGCACCUCCGACCUCGUACUUAGCCUCGCGUGCUCUCGGCCCGUCUCGACCCAGGAGCCGAAGAACGAAUAAACCGAGCGCGGCAGUCGCGAGCACUGCGAGGACACCCUGGACGACGUAGUCUCGUCCAAGGGGACGCCCGGGGGAACGAAGAUGCCCCGGGAGGCCGAGGGGACGCGCGGGUCCUCCUCGACCCUCCGGGCCCCGUUUUCCCCGGCCCCUACCUAUUUUAACCACCUCGAGACUCACGGAACGCAAGAGGACUCCUUUGUGUUUGACCUCGGAUGUAAGUUGUUUUUACGUUUUCACAUUUAAUUUAAAUCUCUAACUUAAUGAAGGGACGCGUUACCCUCUCCCCUCGUCCUUAACCCUCGACCCCCCGUAUCUUAAGUUACUUAGCCCUUUAAGUCCAACGACCUGUGGCUCGGGACUUACCCCCGCGUGCUCCCGCCCGUGGAGCGUCACCCCCGCGAUUGGACUCCGCCGAUGACCGACCACCUACGUACUUAAUCGAACGCCUCGCGAGCCCCCCAGAAGACGCUGUACCCUCGACAAGGGGACCGUCCUAUGGGGGAACCCCCUCGGACCAUGGAUAUCUAAACCUCGCAGAUCAGUGAAAGGGGUAAACUCGAAUACCACGCGAGCCGACGACACGAACUAGGGUGCGAUAGGUACACGUAAACAUUAGACCCGAUCAUAUUUUAGACCAUGUAUAUAUGUAGACCGCCUUGCGGUGGAAGGGGUAAAUAAAUGUACCACGUGGCCGAUAACUCAUCCACGUGGUUAAAGCCAUUCUGCUUACCAAAAGUCUCGGUGUGGGAGGUUCAAUGUGAAGUCUAGAUAUGUAUGGCCCAAGGGGACUCGUCGCUUCCACCGCGAUUUCGCGAUUCGUCCUGCCGGACUCCGACGCGUUGUCCCGUCGUAAGAGAAGUUGACUAAUUUACGAAAUCUCGUUUCUCGGCAUUCGGUGUCUUCGAAACGUUGACUUUUAUCUCUCAGGGGGAAUUUCGAGAUGUAACGCGACAUAACAGGCGGUAUGGGUUUCUUCCCUGGUUAUCCGCGUAAUUGUCGAAUCGGCCAUCUUGCGCGCUAAGAAGUGUUGGUCACAUCGAGGCGGUGUCCAACCGGGGGUAAUCUUUUAUCGUUAACGCUUAAUUUUAGACGUGCGGACGAUCGUUUCAGUAUAUCGCUAUAUUGGUCGACUCGUUACUGCCAUUGUUACGAUGUCUGUACGAACGAACGGAGAAGGAUAAAAGGAUUCGUAGAUGGGAACCGGGGUCAUGUCCGUCUAUCUCUCUUCUUUUCCGUUUCCGUAUUUCUGCACUGAGCGAAAAAAUCACUUUCUAGAAUAAGACGCUGUUGUGUCGGAUAGAUCUUUCCCAGCUACUGCCAUCAAAAUAAGAUUAGAAAGAAAUGUCGAUCCACUUGAAAGAGUCGAAGAGCUCGAAGGAAUUAAUAAUAUAUUAUUGUAACGAGGCUAGAAUUAGUAAUAUUAUCGGGGUAUCUGUUUCUCGUGUCAACUUCGAACAAUGUUUAUUCGACAUUAGUAAUUUUGUAUAUCGAGUACUAGGUUCGAGUUUAAUUCAACAUUCUAUCCAAAAUGUAACGUAACUUUCAUUAACAUACUCGAUACGCGAAAUCAGUUUUGUACAUAUAAAGUCCUUUCGCGAAAUAAUUUAAAUUUAAUAUCAACUUGUCGUUUGGGUUGCGACGCUGAUGAUUCUUUCAAAGGGAAUUUUUCUAGGACCAAAGAAUUUCUCUAGCGAGAACCGUGUAAAUUACCAUAAGCAAUGAAUCCAGCCUAGAAAGUAAAUUUUUCAUUCACUGUAUCCGUCUUUCAUAGGGUAUCGCGCGCGGAACUUACCGAUCUCGCUCCAUCCUUUCCCCUCGAUUUAUGUCUUUCCCUCCGGCCCUUCUUCCGAGGACCGUCCCGAUCACGAUCCAUCGUCCCUCGGGAACCGUGACCGCGAAGGCAAUCGAGCCGAUCGCGAACGGAACGAACGGACCGUUCCUUCGACAAACAACAUUGACUUCCGAAAUGUCUCGCGUGAAUGACCGUCGGACCUACGAUUUAACGGAAUAGAGACUAGAGGUAGAAACGAAACACGGCCCCUUGGCCACCUAGAGCGACGCCGGUCAGGUGACAUGGACCACGUGACGCCGGUCAGGUGACAUGGACCACGUGACUCGCCGGUCACGUGACGAUGAGGAAUCCGCUAAGCGAUCGAGAAACGUUUAACUCUUAACGAGACGAGAGCUGUUAGCUUGUUGUUAAAUUAGUAACUAUUUAGUUAACGAUAUCGGUUUAAUGAUAUACAUAUUAUAUGACAUAGAACGAUAUAUAUAUGUGUAUAUAUAUAUGUCAUAUAUACACACAUAUAUAUAUACACAUUAAAUGAAGAGAGAUGCAAAUAAAUUUUAAGACACGUUAUCGUAAUGUUAUAUACAUACACGAAAGCAAACAGAAGAAAGGGUAUAAUCGCGGGCGAUACCGGGGAGGCAUUUUUUAACCUACCUCGCGCCAUUUUCUACUGCGCGCUCGACUAAUUCCACCACUACCGAUAGGUACUCUAUUCGAUUCUCUUUUCGAUAGGGAGAACGCUACCGAGUAAUGAUUACCCAUAGUUUGUAACGCGCGGAAACUCGCAGAUGCUCGAGUAUCUCGAAUGCGUACGCGUAUACAUAUAUACAUAUAUAAAUAUAAAUAUUAAAAUGCGUCGACGCGUCGAUAUUCGGCCACAAAGCGCUAGGUUUAGGCCGCUCGCGGUCUGACGUAUGCGUCGUACACUUCGCGGGCGGAUACGCAUCUUUUAACUGUUUAACACACGUCUCUGACAAUCGCUCGAUUGCAAACCCUGACUAAGCUCGGUCAAUAAAAUGCGAUAUCUUUCCUAAAAACGGCGUGAUCGCGUUUCUUUCGGCGUAUUUCGGUCUUGGCUACGUCUCAUUUCUCUCGCCUCGAUUCCUCGAAAAGGAACGUCGAUUUUCACUCUAUCCGAUAUAAAACACUGUUCGUGGUCCUCGCGGUUAAUCCUGGCUUCCAGUCGAUAAAAUUCGCGAAAUAGUCCGACCAUCGCGCCAAGUAAAUCGAGAACUCCUCGACUAGGGUGACAAGUUGAAUGCAACAUUCGACUUCCAGUUUCUUCGAAGAUUGUUCCGAAUUGCGUCUUUUGAGCCGAACGGACAGGUGCACAGGAAUCGCGGUAUUUUGACAGUCCCCAAAAGAUUCGGGAAUUUACCCGAUGUCGGAAGCCCAAAGGACCGACGCAUUCGGUCGAUCGUUAUUCGAUUCCUUGUUGAUUCACAUCUAAUCGGUUUCUUUCGAUAUGUCCCACGAUAUGUCCGUUUCGGAAAUCCUAAACGAUGAACGGACACAUCUUUUUUUGUCGAACGUCUCAUCGAUCAGCUUUUAAGAUCGAACGGCUCAAGGAUUGAACUAUCGUAUCGCUAAGAAAAUGGCGCUUCGAUCCAUAAAUUCCGGAUUAUGACGGUAAUGGAUAAUACGGAAACGCGAAGUUAUAAGUAAAACGAAUAAAGCGGAACGUCGACCUAUAGGAGCGAGGUCGUGAAUUAUCGUUCGUUUCCUUUAACGCUUUUUUAACUUCUGCAACUCGAGAGCAUUUAAUAGGGUCAAUUCCCUUAUUCAAUCAUUAUCAAUCGUUAUUCACCUCUAUCUGAAUUCUCUCAUCUACGUCGAAGGAAUAGUAAUCAGCGAAUUCUAAGUAUCUUCAGGUAUGUCGAAACGAACCGUUCAUCUCUUUCAUUUAAUUAAACGUUGCAAGUAGGCUCUAAAGGGCGGCGAACAGGGAAGAAAUAGGCAAUCUUCUGAGGAGCUUAAUCGCUCUGGCACAUAAAAGACUUACCGCACCUUUUACGAGGACAUUUUACUUAAUUUAUCAGCCGUCUGACCGACCGCGUCUUAGAGCUUCGGAAUGUUCCUUCGCGAGUUAUAACAAUACUCGUUCCGGUGGAAACUCUCGCGUACUCGCUAAUUCUCCCACGUGGAUAGACUCGCUGACUUCUCUCUUUCUUGUGCCCCUCUACUUCUCCCUUUCUCUUUCUCUUUAUCUAUCUUUAUCUUUUUGUUCUCAUUCUUUCUCAUCCCCUCUCGUUCUCUCUCUCAUUCAGUCCGUACCUCCCCCUCCAAAUAAAGUUGAUACCACGGAACUGAAUUCAACCUAGAAGGAGCAAUUUAGACGAUGGAGACCCUGAAGAGAUAAUUAGUGCUCGAAUGACCGACACCUUUCAUUAUAUUCACCCGCUUACUUCAAUGAGUACCAAGAAGCAUCAUUGCGAAAGUGACUUGUUUCCAAUUCAAAGUAUUAAGAUCAAGCAGGAGCAAGCUAUUGAUUUUCACGAUGUUAGUUUCUCGUGAUCCAUAGCCCACCUUGAUUAAAAAAUAAUGCCUUAAGAAAGGAAACGUUAUCGUCAAUAAAACAUAUCUGAAAUAACAAUUCAAUCUCGAGAAUCCUGCAACACAGAUCCAAAAGAAAGUCCUUGGAAACUGACGAAAUAUUGUUAUGACAAUAUUAUACAAGGCAUAGGUUUUGGAAUAUCUCUUGUAGAUUAAAACCAUACAAUAUUAUCCUGCUACUGUAACAAUCUCAUCCCUGUUCGCGCUCCUUCAAGGUUGCAUUAACGUUAUAAAAAAUUUGGCGGUAGGCUCAGCGGAAACGACCAAUGUGUUAAUACCAUUUGCUGUACACUGGAAGACAUCAAUGCCCUCCCAUCCUGCACAGGCGAUGCCGUAUUUGCAGGGGAGGCAUUCAUGUCCACCAUUGUACAUGUAAGUCCUUUCCGCGGGGUUUAACCCACCGUAUAUAACAAUAUAGUCAAACGUCCAACACGUACAAAGCGCAUCACUCGCGUCUUGGCCCGACCGUCCCUCAAGACGCAUCCCUAUCGCGCACAUAACGGUACACCUCUGCACAUCUCUCGUUGUUUUUUUUUUCUCUCUCGAUAUCCGUCGAGCACACAUGAUUACACCAAAGUUCUCUUCCCGUUCCCAAGCCCCCGGUUGUACGUUUCCUGUCGUUAUCUGACCCGAGUGCACCGCUCCUUGCGCGCAUCCCACGUGUACCGUUAUAUGCGCCAGCGGGUCUUGCAAUGCGCUAGGUCGGAAAUCAAAAGUCUGACACAUCGUUAAAAAAAAAGGGGGGGAAAAAAACGAAGAAAAACAACGUUUCGGUGAAAAUAAUAAACCACUAAAACGACAUUAACGAACGAUGAAAGAUACCCGACCUACCGUCCGCCCUCCCGCCGCGCGCGCCUGUCCGUAUGGUCUACUGUUCAUCACUGUCACUACUGUACUAGAACUGUUACUACUGCUAUCACUGUUACUACUCUCACUACUACUACUACUGUUACUACUUUUACUAUGACUCCGGCACACCACUCGCGUGGAUAUACGGUCCGCGGGGGUCUCUCGAGUCGCUCCUGAUAAGACCCUCGGCGACAGAAACCUCUAUGAGGGGCCUUUGAGGCGACGUAACGUCGAUACGGUGCCGCAUUCGGACGAGUGGUGUCCUUCGAGUACUGCUCAUGCCAUCCUGUUGUAAUGAUGAUGUGU